AUGUUACAGCAUAAAGUCAAUAUGGCGACUGAUCACGUUAUCGAUAAUUGUGCAAUAAAUUUAAAAAUAUCAUUUAAACCUCGAACUAUUCUAUUAUUCAGCGGCAAAAGAAAAUCUGGAAAGGAUUAUAUUACAAAUACUUUGCAAGAAAGAAUCGGAUUUGAUAACAGCGUCAUUAUAAAAUUGUCGGGGCCAAUUAAAUUUCAUUGGGCUAAAUCUCUUGGUCUGGAUAUUGAACAACUUCUGGGAGAUGGAAGAUAUAAGGAAAACUACCGUUUUGAAAUGGCAAAAUGGGGAGAAAACAUAAGAAACAAAGAUUACGGGUACUUUUGUCGUGCUGCUUUAGACAUGUAUAAUGCAUAUAGCAAACCAAUAUGGAUUGUCAGUGAUGUACGAAGAAAAACUGAUAUAAAAUGGUUUAUGCAAAAUUUUGAAGAUGCAUGUAAAACGAUUCGUGUUGAAUCGGACGUUGUAAUUAGACAGAAACGUGGUUGGAUAUUUGUUUCAGGUAUUGAUGAUUCAGAAACAGAAUGCGACCUAGAUGAUGUAAAUACAUGGGACUUGAAAGUGACGAAUAAUAGUGACAGCAUAGAAUCUGUAUUACAACAGAUACUACAAUUAAUUAAUUAG